AAAAAAAGUUUAUUACUGACCAAAAGAAAAGAACCCAUCGGAUUGGCCGUGCCGUCAUUAAAGAAAUCCGGGGGGGAACUGAAGAACAUCCAGAAGGACUAGGCACCCAAGCCAUUAAACUACUAUUUGAACUAAACCUCCAAACCGGGACUUUUAUCCAAGUAACCAAAAUUGAUAUUAAAAGUUGUUAUGCUAAUAUUAUGCGGGAUUAUCCUUUGCCAUGUGGUAGUCCUGAGUUGGUAACGGACCCGGUAAUGAUAGAGCAGAAACUAAAAGAAGGAAGAGAGGGAUUUGUGAGUUUCUAUGCUCGACAAGAUGCGGUAAUAAAAAAUAAUCAAAUUCCUUUUUUACCUGAUAGCGAUGAUGGAAAAGCAAAUUAUAUUAUAAAAACUUCUGAAUCUUCCCUCAUAAAAAAGGUUGUGUAG